UAUGAUGAUGUGCAUAUUGGUUUCACUUGGGAAGAGUGGACUUUGCUGGAUCCUUCCCAGAAGAAUCUCUACAAAGAUGUGAUGUUGGAAACCUACAGGAACCUCACUAUUAUAGGAUACAGUUGGAAAGAUCAUAAUAUUGAAGAACUUUGUCAAAGUUCUAGAAGACAUGACAGGCAUGAAAGAAGCCAAACUGGAGAGAAACUUUCUGUAUAUACUCAAUAUGGUGAAGACUCUGCAUAUAAUAGUCAGCCACAAAAGUAUAAAAGAUCACAUCCUGGAGAGAAACCCUAUGAAUAUAAUCAGUGUGCUAAAGCCUAUGCUCAUCACAAUACACUUCAAAUUCAUAAAAGAACACAUAUUGGAGAAAAACCCUAUGGUUGUAAUCAGUGUUGUGAAGCCUUUGCUUAUCAUGAUGCUCUUCAAUUACAUAAAAGAACACAUACUGUAGAGAAACCCUAUGAAUGUAAUGAAUGUGGUAAAGUCUUUCGUUAUCACAGUGUUCUUCAAGUUCAUAAAAGAACACAUACUGGAGAGAAACCCUAUGAAUGUAAUGAAUGUGGUAAAGCCUUUGGUUAUUACAGUCAUCUUCAAGUACAUAAAAGAACACAUACUGGAGAGAAACCCUAUGAAUGCAAUGAAUGUGGUAAAGCCUUUCGUUAUCACAGUGUUCUACAGUUACAUAUAAGAACACAUACUGGAGAGAAAUCCUAUGAAUGCAGUGAAUGUGGUAAAGCCUUUGGUCAUCCCAACGCCUUUCAAGUACAUAAAAGAACACAUAUUGGAGAGAAACCAUAUGAAUGUAAUCAAUGUGGUAAAGCUUUUGAUUAUCACAGUAAUCUUCAAGUACAUAAAAGAACACACACUGGAGAGAAACCCUUUGAAUGUAAGCAAUGUGGUAAAGCCUUUGCACAACAUGGUGCUCUUCAAUUGCAUAAAAGAACACAUACUGGAGAGAAACCCUAUGAAUGUAAUCAAUGUGGUAAAGCCUUUGCACAACAGGGUGCUCUUCAAGUGCAUAAACGAACACAUACUGGAGAGAAACCCUAUGAAUGUAAUCAGUGUUGUAGAACCUUUGCAUAUUACAGUAGUCUUCAAUGGCAUAAAAGAACACACACUGGUGAGAAACCCUUUGAAUGUAAUGAGUGUGGUAAAGCCUUUUUUGCCUUUACACAACACAGUUAUCUUCAAGUACAUAAAAAAACACAUACUGCA